AUGCCGUCAGAGAGUCUGUUUGAUCUUAGCAAUCAACUGGUUGUUCUGUGCCCCAAAGAGACAACAGUCCACACUGGCCACAGUCCACAGUGUCCACAUUCCACACUAGUCCACAGUAUCCACAGUCCACACUAUAGGCCACAGAGCCAACAGUCCACACUAGUCCACACUGUCCACACUGUCCACAUUCCACACUGGUCCACGCUGCCCACAUUCCACACUGUCCACAGUCCACACUGUCCACAUUCCACACUGGUCCACACUGCCCACAGUCCACACUGCCCACACAAGUCCACACUGCCCACAGUCCACACUGUCCACAUUCCACACUGGUCCACACUGCCCUCACAAGCCCACGCUGCCCACAGUCCACACUGUCCACAUUCCACACUGUCCACACUGUCCACAGUCCACACUGUCCACAUUCCUCACUGGCCCACACUGUCACACUGUCCACAUUCCUCACUGGCCCACACUGUCCACAGUCCACACUGGUCCACACUGCCCACACAAGUCCACACUGCACACAGUCCACACUUCCCACACAAGUCCACGGAGUCCACAGUCCACAUAGUCCACACUGCUCGAAAGCGUGCGCGACUGUCCUGA